UGAGAGUGCACCAAAGACCGGUCUCGCUAUAUCUAAUCUAUCAGCAGACUCAGCCCAUUGUACAACUCCAACAUUGCCACAAUAGCAGCAGGCUAGGCGUACUCUCUCCUUCAUGUGCACCCAAUAUCGGUCGUAUCCGCAUUGCUGCGAGCAUCACUCGCCAUGGAAUCGCAAGCCCUCAGAGUGAACCAACGUCGCGACAGCCAGCACGCUACCUCUGGCUAUGUUCCAGUCACUACGCUCGGCGACCCAGACGACGACAUUGGUUCGACAACCGGCGCACGACAUUCCGAGACAAGCUCCGACAAAGCGACUUCGAUCUCUACUCGACAAGGCCCACCUCCACUGAAGCACGAACGGCGACGCAGCCGCGUAUGGUGGUAUAUCUGGUGGCAAAGCAUAUUGGCUGUCCUGCUUGCGGUUGCUGCUGUUGUCGCAUCAUUUGUGACGCUGUAUCCCUAUCAAGGAAAUCCGCUGCCCGACUGGCCAUUCUAUAUCACGAUUGGAGCAUUACUGUCGACCUACUCCGUGGUAUUACGAACGGCUGUCGGUUUCGUACUUGGAGAAGGCCUCGCUCAGCUCAAAUGGCGCUGGUAUCACCAAGAACAGCCGUUGUAUGACCUGUCAUUGCACGAUGAAGCGAGUCGAGGGCCUCUGGGAGCUCUGCUGCUCCUUUGGAGACUUCGCUCAUCACCACUUAUUGGUGGCUGGCAAUGGCUCGGUUGUGUGUUGAUCCCAGUCACAUUGCUCGUGGGCCCCUUCACUCAACAGAUCUUACGGUACGUCCCAUGCAGUAUGCAGGUCGACAGCUCCAUACGACAAGCUGCAAUUCCCCGGGCAUCUAUCUUCUUGAGCCAAGGUGAUCUUCGCGAGAUAUCCGGCAUCACCUUGACACUGGCCGAGCAGGCGUCGAUCAAUGCCGGAAUGUUCCAGUACAGCGGACAAGAAGGAGUUUUCUGCCACUCCGGAAACUGUACCAUACCCUCGUACUCGGCUGUGGGAUGCUGCGCACGGUGUCGUGACAUUUCUUCUCAAGUUCAAGUGGUGAGCAACGAUGGAACGACUCUCGGCAACAAUCCUAUACGCAAUACCACAACUUUCAUUCCGGACGGUUUGAAUGUCACGUACUCCGACGGCAGCAUCGAACCUUCAUAUCAAGUACACCUCGCCACAUUUGGUAUCCCCGGUGCCGAUGCCAAAUAUGGCGGCCGAUUUGGUCGCGGCCCUUCACAAAUCCUCAUCGGCCUACCAGGUGUCGCCGCCAUGGAUCCUGUGACGUUGGCUCCUCCAGCAGGGUGUGACGACAUGGCCACUAAUCAGACAUGGCGAUGCCAGGGCUAUGGGGCAGCCGAGUGUUCACUGGUACCAUGUAUCAGGACAUACACUGCAAAUAUCACGAAUGGUGUGAUGCAAGAAACUAUCACGGGCGAGCACGAUGCAUUCGGCAAGGGCACUUGGCCGAGCGGGAGUACUGUGGCGGCGGCCGUACAACUAUCAUGCUUGGAUGACAGCGAUCGCGCUCUCUUACGCAAGGCCAACUACACCUUGGAGUCUCUCACCGACUGGAUGGCGUACAACAUGACCAACGGCGGCAACGGAGCAGUCCGCAUUUCCGCACGAGCCAGCAACCCUUACAUCGACCCCUUUCUCCUCGAAUUAGGCGUAUUUGAAAACAAAACCGCAGCACGCGGCUGCAUGUGGGCCAUCCAAGAAGAUUUCGCCGACGCCCUCAACUCCUACCUCGUCGAAACCGCCUCUGGCGACGUGACGAGCAUCAUCCAAAAAUCCACCGCUUCCACCAAAAGACUCUACCAAGUCACCGGCUCACAACUCCUCCAAAACAUUUACAAUUACGGCACAUUUUCCUUCCAACGCACGGAAUCCAUUUUUCAAAAUAUGAGCCUCUCUGUCACGAAUCACAUGCGCACCACUCCCGGUCCCACUACACCCCCUCUUCUCUUUGCCAAUGGUACCACCUCACCCGCCCUCGGAGCGACAUUUACCACGAAAACGUGCGUGAAUGUGCAAUGGGCUUGGUUUGCUCUUCCCAUUGCUCUCACGAUUUUGACUCUGCUGUUUUUCGGUGGCGUGAUGUGGGUGGUUUCGAGAGGUGUUCCUCGAGAUGCGAGAACGUGGAAAUCUUCGCCUUUGCCGUUGGUUUUUUGGGGGCCGGAUGUUUUGGAGAAUACUAGUGGUAGUAGUAGGAGGAGGAGGAGUUUGAUAGGUACCUCUGCUGAUGUUGCUGAUACUAUUGAUACUACUACUGAUACUGUGGUUGUGGAGAGUGCACAUGUGGAGGAUAUGGAUGCUGCGGCGAAGCAGAUUUUGGUUAAACUGGUGGUGAAUGAGAAGGGGAUUGCGAAAUUGGAGAGAGUAGAGGAGAUGAAGGAAAUCUGAUUGGAGUGGAAGUGGAGCACAUAUGCGAGAUGACAUGAGAUAUGUUUUGAGCGGAUUUUCAUGAUUCUGAAAUCUUUUAGAAAGAAAAAAAAAGAAUAUAUAUACAGGAAUAAG